UAAACUCACCGUUUGGAAAGAGAGCAAGAAAUGAAAUCCUCAUACUUUCCUCUUCCAGUCAAAGCCAUUCUUCUCAUCCUCCUAAUAAACCAAUCAAACAUUAUUGCAAAUUCUCAACCAAUAAAUGACACCCAAUUCAUCAAAACCACUUGCCAAUCCACACCCUAUCCUGACCUCUGCCUCUCCUCUCUCUCCGACUCUGCCGCCACCAUUCACAGUAGCUGUCAUCUAAUGACCGUCGCUGCCCUCACCGUUGCUCUCACACACACGCGCUCUACCUCAUCGGCGAUCGAGAGCCUGGCCAAGUCGUCGAAUGCCUUGACGCCGCGAGAUAGUUAUGUCAUACGUGAUUGUAUUGAAGAAUUUGGAGACUCAGUUGAAGAACUAAAGAUGGCUGUGGAGGAGUUGAAGGAUAAUAACAAGAGUCGAUCCGAAACUGAAGAUAUUCGUACGUGGGUUAGUGCUGCUCUAACAGACGACGACACGUGUAUGGAUGGGUUGGUUGGAGAUGCCAUGAAUGGCAACGUAAAGGAAUCGAUAAAGGAAAUGGUGGUGAAUGUGGCUCAAUUGACAAGCAUUGCUCUUUCACUUGUAAGUUUGUUGAAGUGAGAUUGAAUGUGUAGCAAACAUUUUGGCAAAUACGUACUUGAGCAUUAUUUACAUAUUCAAUUCAUUUUGUCUAUUUGAUAGUUUUAUAAAGUUUUUAUUAUAUAUCUAAAUUUCAAGUACUUUAAUCAAA